AUGCCGCCUUUCUGCUCAGAGAUACAGUACAGAAAUGUUUUUCAGAUGUUUUCUGACACGGCGAGCUCACAUUCGUCCGGAGUGCAACGAAGCGAAUUUGAAAGCGGAUCGGAAGUGAGUGGUGCUGAGACGGUGAUCUUCUUGGGACCAUCACCUCGUGGUCUUCAUCGGUCUACCUCCAUCUAUCCACCCAGUAGCCCAUCCAUAAGCUCAAAGCUCACUCAGACGUCGGGAAGCUCAACACGUACCUGCACCGGCUCAAUACCCCCCAUGCUCAAGGGCCACACACCCUUUUUGUCGCCGUCGUUACGUUUAUAUGACGAUCUGUGUUCACCUCCUGGAACAUCUGGCGACGGGUCGACGAUGGCGCACGAUCUUACCGUAUUUGGAGGUUUCUGUAGCCAGAACCGUAACGACUUCGGCGUCAUCAUUGCAAGCCCGAAAAGAUCAAAAAGGUAG